UCCUGCUAUGUAAAAUGAAAGCAUCUUGCGGAGGUACUGGCAAUCGAUAUGCUCGGGCCCCUGGGUUCGAGACUAUAAUCCGGUGAAGCCGUAUGCGCAUGUCACAUCACUUGGACGGUCUCUUUCUGUCGUGGCAUCUGGAGUUUUGACUAGACUGAAACCAAACAAACUUCAUCAUGGGAAAAGAGAAAAUCCAUAUUAACAUCGUCGUCAUUGGACACGUCGAUUCCGGUAAAUCAACGACCACUGGUCAUUUGAUCUACAAAUGCGGUGGUAUUGACAAGCGUACCAUUGAGAAGUUCGAGAAGGAGGCCCAGGAGAUGGGCAAAGGUUCCUUCAAGUACGCAUGGGUACUUGACAAACUGAAGGCCGAGCGUGAGCGUGGUAUCACCAUCGAUAUUGCCCUCUGGAAGUUCGAGACCUCCAAGUACUAUGUUACCAUCAUUGACGCCCCUGGACACAGAGAUUUCAUCAAGAACAUGAUCACUGGUACCUCCCAGGCCGAUUGUGCUGUACUCAUCGUUGCUGCUGGUACUGGUGAAUUCGAGGCUGGUAUCUCCAAGAAUGGACAGACCCGUGAGCACGCCCUUCUGGCCUUCACACUUGGUGUGAAACAGCUCAUCGUUGGUGUCAACAAGAUGGACUCCACUGAGCCACCAUACUCCGAGGCUCGUUUCGAGGAAAUCAAGAAGGAAGUCUCCUCGUACAUCAAGAAGAUCGGAUACAACCCAGCCGCUGUUGCUUUCGUUCCCAUCUCCGGAUGGCACGGAGACAACAUGCUUGAGCCAUCCAGCAAGAUGCCAUGGUUCAAGGGGUGGAAUGUCGAGCGUAAGGAGGGUAAGGCUGAGGGUAAAUGCCUGAUUGAGGCUCUUGACGCCAUUCUGCCACCCAGCAGACCUACCGACAAAGCCCUUCGUCUUCCGCUUCAGGAUGUCUACAAGAUCGGUGGUAUUGGAACGGUGCCAGUCGGUCGUGUUGAGACUGGUGUUUUGAAGCCCGGUAUGGUGGUGACCUUCGCCCCAGCUGGACUCACCACUGAGGUAAAGUCCGUGGAGAUGCACCACGAGGCACUCACGGAGGCUGUACCCGGAGACAAUGUUGGUUUCAACGUCAAGAACGUCUCCAUCAAGGAAUUGCGUCGUGGUUACGUAGCUGGAGACUCCAAGAGCAAUCCACCCAAGGGUGCUGCUGACUUCACCGCUCAGGUAAUUGUCCUCAACCACCCAGGACAGAUCAGCAACGGUUACACGCCCGUGCUCGAUUGUCACACAGCCCACAUUGCCUGCAAAUUCGCAGAGAUCAAGGAGAAGUGUGACCGUCGUACCGGCAAAACAACUGAGGACAACCCCAAGGCCAUCAAAUCUGGUGAUGCUGCCAUCGUAACCCUGGUGCCAAGCAAGCCAAUGUGCGUCGAGGCAUUCCAGGAGUUCCCACCUCUGGGACGUUUCGCUGUACGUGACAUGCGUCAAACCGUAGCCGUCGGUGUUAUCAAGGCUGUUACGUUCAAGGAUGCCUCUGGAAAAGUCACCAAGGCUGCUGAGAAAGCCCAGAAGAAGAAAUAACCAGUUUCCGCGUCUUGUAAUCAAGCCGCCGGAUGCAUGCCGGCAUAUAGUAGCACAAGUAAUUUGUCCAAUUUCACUGGAUCGCUCGUGCUCAUUUCACAAAAGUAUAUCGUUCCUUUUUUAUGUUAAUAAUAAUACUGAUAAUAAAAAGAAUAUGACAACAGUCGAUUUUAGGUACAUGGAGUGUGAGAUCAAUGAGGACUAUCGUGGAUUCAUUGUCCCUAGGAAAUAUAGGGAUAUUUUCAGUGGAUCUAAUUUUUUUUUCAUUGAUCAUUUUGUUCAUUUCUUGUCAAAACGUUCACUCCGACAUUCUUUUCAUCGAAAAGAAUUUCGAAGGAAAAAAUUCAUCGAGAACAAAAUAAUCAUUGAUAAUGACAUAUUUUGAAUUAACUGCAACGAGCUGUACUGUGAAAAUUGUUAUCAAAUUACGUGGGCUAUUAUACAAAUUUGUUUUACGAGUACAUUAAUAACAUCAUAAUUUAGCUCGGCUUAAUUAUAUUUUCUAAUUAUUAUACGGAAAUAAAUCCUAUAUCUGCGAUACUCGACAACA